AACACAUUCAUUACCAUACAUCAAUCAUAAUCAUUAUUUCAGGUAACUGAUGUCUGUGGAACUUCCAGUGUUUGACAUCUCAAAGCCUCUAAACGAGUCAUCUCUGACUUCACUACAAGAUGCUUGUAAGGAGUGGGGUUUCUUCUACGUGACAAACCAUGGCAUCUCCGGCGAUAUGUACCAGAAACUCCGGCGAUUCUCCAGUGGAGUUUUUGGGCUCGGAGACGAGGAGAAAAUGAAGAUGGGAGCGUCUAAUUACACCCCUCGUUUCAUUGCUUCUCCUUUCUUUGAGAGCCUCCGUGUCUCCGGUCCCGAUUACUACGCCUCGGCCAAGUCUUCCCUUGAUGCUUUUGCCGACCAAGCUACCGAUGAGGAGUUUAGCGAGUUGAUGAAAGAAUAUGGAAAAAGAAUGACGGAACUAUGCGAGAAAAUCAUGAAAGACAUACUCUCUAGCUUCGGAGACAAUCUUCAUCACAAAUAUUACGAGUCUGAGUUUGGAAACUGUCAUGGCUACUUCAGGAUCAACAACUACACAAUCCCCUUAGAACAAGAUCAUCAAGAAGACGAUGUUGAUUUGUUAGAAGGGCUAGGAAUGCACACUGACAUGAGCUGCAUCACUAUCGUUGAUCAAGACGAUAUUGGAGGUCUUCAAGUUAGAACCAGAGACGGGAUUGGUCUCAUGGAUAUUAACCCUAAAGACCAGGCUUUAGUCGUCAACGUCGGAGAUUUAUUACACGCUUGGACCAACGGACAGCUGAGAUCGUCCCAACACAGGGUUGUAUUGAAACGACAUAGUUCCGUCGGUAACAGAUUUUCCCUCGCUUUCUUCUGGUGCUUUGACGAUCAGAAAGUCGUGUUUGCCCCUGACGAAGUUGUGGAAGGUGGUAAAGGUGGGAGGGUAUUUCGAUCAUUUAAAUGUGGGGAUUAUUUAAGGUUCCGGGAGAGUAAUGAGAAAGGGAAGUUCGAGAAGGUUGGGCACACGGUCGAAGACUUUGCACGAACUGAGGACCGUAAUUAAUUGUUUUCGUUUUGUUUUGUAUCAUCGAAAAUUAAUAAUUUAUUUGUCUUUUCCUUUCAUUUUUUUUUGUGUCUUUGCUUUUCAUAAGCCCGAAAAUAAGUCUGGGCGUUCGGGUCGGUUCUUCUCGGUCCGAGUUUUUCGGGUCUAGGAAAUUUAAUCCAAUGGAUACUUCAAUUUUUUUUGUUUGGGUUCUAGGGCGGUUCCUACCGGGUCCAG